AUCUGUGCCUGGCUCUGCGAUGGCUGCCCUUAGAGUCCUGGUGGCGCCAAGGCUGGCGGCGGCCUCCGUGCUCGCGCCGCUCCCCAGCCGCCUGCGGCUGCUGCCCCCUAGCAGGCAGGCCCUCUUCCCGCGCGCGGCCCUCCACUGCUCCGCGCCGCGCCCGGGAGCCAGGGUCGCGGUGGUUCUGUCCGGAUGCGGCGUCUACGACGGGACCGAGAUCCACGAGGCCUCAGCGAUCCUGGUCCACCUGAGCCGUGGGGGCGCUGAUGUUCAGAUCUUCGCCCCGGACACGCCACAGAUGCACGUGGUUGACCACACCAAGGGGCAGCCUUCUGAGGGAGAUACCAGGAACGUUCUGAUAGAAUCGGCAAGGAUUGCACGUGGCAAGAUCGUUGACCUGGCCCAGCUCCGUGCAGCUGACCACGAUGCUGCCAUCUUCCCUGGAGGGUUCGGAGCGGCCAAAAACCUGAGCACGUUUGCCGUGGACGGGAAGGACUGCAAAGUCAACAGAGAUGUGGAGCGUGUGCUGAAGGAGUUCCACAGCGCUGGGAAGCCCAUCGGUCUGGGCAAGGGUGCCGCGUCCCCAACCCCUCCCUUGGCGCUGCUGCUCUCAGAGGAGACCCGUGUGGGGCUACUUUCCUGGCUGAGUCAAAGCAUGACCAGACGCGACAACAGCAGGUCACCCGCCCUCUUGCUGGACACUGCGCCUGCGCGUGGGGGCACACCCUCACCUGAGCCCGCUGCCGCCCGGGGGCCCACCGGAGCGGGGGCCCACCGGAGCGGGUGUGAGGAGGCACACCCUCACCUGAGCCCGCUGCCGCCCAGGGGCCCACCAGAGCGGGUUUUUUCCAUAACUUCUACCCACGAAGUGCACGUGGACCAGAAAAACAAGGUGGUCACGACCCCCGCCUUCAUGUGUGAGACUGCGCUCCACCACAUCCACGACGGGAUCGGGGCCAUGGUGCGGAAGGUGCUGGAACUUGCCAGAAAGUGACAGCUCGGCGCAGGAGGGACACCGCUGCUCAGGGCAGUGGGGCCUGGCCGCCCUGUUUCUGUCCAGCUGGAACGUGGCAAGAAUUUGUUUGGCUGCUUAAAUCUGUCGAUAUUUUCUGCCUGAAGAGUGAACUCUGUGAUCGUGUUUGUGGGUGGGUUGGCACGAGACAUUCGUCUUCGGCUUGGCUUUGUUUGCUUUCACCUGGGAGAGGAAGACAGAGUGCCCUAAACGAGAGGGCGGCUGGUCACUGUCUGCGCUCUCCCUGUGUGAUCCACCAGUUAAAAUCUGAGCCCGCCUUCCCAGGAGGGUGAUCAGGUGGAGAAACACUGUCCUCGUCUGAGGUUUGACUUGGUGCACGGCGCGUCGUGUUUGGAAGAACAUUAUUUUAAGUUCACAAGUCUAAUAAUCAGGAAACCAGAAAUAGCAGCUUUCCUGAUAGGAUCUUGUCGUCUGGUGUGUGUACUGACGAAUACAGUGAGGGGCUUUCUGCAGCAGGGAGAGUAAAUUCCUUUCCAAAAUGGAAACUUUCAGCGGCGACAUUUCAGACUUUCUGAAACUGGCAAAUGAGGAAUAUAGUGAGUUUUCUUAAAGUGGUCUCAGUUCUCUUAAUUCUCAGACAGAAAGGGAAAUUACAGAUGCUUAGCCUCCACAGUUGCGUUGCCCGUGGUGAUUAUAAAGUGAGUCAGCAGCUGUGAAACAGCAGAGCCUGAUGUAUGACGUCCAGAGAAGGAAGAGUAAAUAAAGUCUGCUAGGGUAAAUCAAGUCUGUGCAUUGGUCUCGUC